AUGGCCAAGGACACGGGAGCCAGGCCCGACGCCAUACCACCCACGCCACUAGCGUUGCCGGAUGAUCUUAUUCUUGUUAACGCCGUGGAGUCACAGCCACCGGCUUACCCGCGAGAGGGUAAUGACCCUACCUUUGCCGGUACCUCCCCGGCUCGACGAACUUUGUGGGAGGAUGAGAAGCUGUUGUUGAGGUGA